UGACUGCUGCAGUGAAAGAGGAAGCAAAUGCACCCUUGGCUCUGACUCAGAACACAGACUGGGAAUUUCCUCACUGAAGAAAAACUCAUAUAAGUUUGAAGACUCAAGGUUUUCGUUCAGUGCUAGAAAGUCUGGCAUCUGACCCGCCGCCUCCCUGGGCUUCACCCCAUUUCAGUUUCUGUGUGACCAAUCGAUGGGAUCAUUCCAAGAUUCAGAAGAUUUACACAGAAAGAGAAACUAUGGGGCCGUCUCAGCACCAGAACCAAAGGAGGAAAAAGAUCAAACUUACCUGGAUGAAAAAAUUGCCAUACCUACCACAAACAGGCCUGGAUUCAGUUUCCGAAAGCUCUGGGCUUUCACUGGACCUGGAUUUCUCAUGAGCAUUGCCUACCUGGAUCCGGGGAACAUAGAGUCUGAUCUGCAAUGUGGGGCGAUCGCUGGAUUCAAGCUCCUAUGGGUAUUGCUCGGAGCCACCAUAUUGGGUCUUGUGUGCCAAAGACUGGCUGUGCGGCUGGGAGUGGUGACAGGAAAAGACUUGGCUCAAAUCUGCCAUUCGUACUAUCCCAAGGCGCCCCGAUGGAUUCUCUGGGUUCUGGUGGAGUUGGCUAUUAUAGGAUCAGAUAUGCAGGAAGUCAUUGGUACUGCAAUUGCAUUCAGUCUUCUAUCCUCUGGACGGAUUCCACUCUGGGGAGGCGUUCUUAUUACCAUUGCAGACACGCUGGUGUUUUUAUUCCUUGAUAAAUAUGGUCUCAGAAAGUUGGAAGCCUUUUUUGGCCUUUUAAUCACUAUAAUGGCCGUUACAUUUGGAUAUGAGUACGUAGUAGUAGCACCGGACCAAGUAGAGGUGAUCAAGGGAAUGUUUUACCCCUAUUGCUCUGGCUGCGGCUCCCCUGAACUCCUUCAAGCUGUGGGCAUCAUUGGCGCAAUCAUCAUGCCACACAACAUAUACCUGCAUUCUUCUCUGGUUAAGUCUAGAGUCGUGGAUCGCUCAAAGAAGCAGGAGGUGAGCGAAGCCAACAUGUAUUUCAUUAUCGAAGCAACGAUAGCACUCUUUGUCUCCUUCCUUAUUAAUCUCUUCGUUAUGGCUGUGUUUGCAGAGGCAUUUUACAACAAGACCAAUCACGACGCACACGAAGUUUGCCUAAACAGCAGCAGCCCGCACACUGGAGUAUUUCCUGAUAACAACGAAACUUUAUCUGUCGACAUCUACAACGGGGGGGUCAUCCUGGGCUGCUUCUUCGGACCUGCGGCUCUCUACAUCUGGGCGGUGGGAAUUCUGGCAGCCGGUCAGAGCUCUACAAUGACAGGGACCUACGCAGGGCAGUUUGUGAUGGAGGGCUUCUUAAACCUAAAAUGGUCCAGGUUCUACCGUGUGCUCUUCACCAGAUCCUUCGCCAUUAUUCCCACCGUAUUUGUGGCCGCUUUUAAAGACGUAGAGCAUCUGUCGGGAAUGAACGAUUUUCUGAAUGUUCUACAAAGCAUACUGCUGCCCUUUGCUUUGUUGCCAGUGCUGACAUUUACCAGCAUGCGCCCACUGAUGCAGGAUUUCGUCAAUGGCGUUAUUGGGAAGGUGGUCGCCAUCGUACUGAUAGUACUAAUCCUUGCCAUUAAUCUGUAUUUUGUGGUUGUGUACAUCCCAUCCCUGGACAACAUUGCCCUUUACGUUGUUAUAGGGAUCAUUCUUUUACUGUAUGCAGUGUUCACGCUCUACCUGCUUUGGACGUGCUGUCUAGCACAUGGACUCGGCUUCCUGUCCGGCGGGAGGCACACUCAAUUCUCAUACGGACUCCCCGAGGAAGACGAGACCUACAGCGGGGAGGGACGAGUGCAGUGAAUCUCCCACAUGAUGGAAAUACAAUGUGCGUGGAAGUGGGUGUGGCUAACAUAGCUACAUUAAGCACUUUCAUGGAGAGUCAGCUCUGCUGCCACAGGCUUGUGGUAUCCACGGCAGACUCAUCUCCCGAAAUCUCUAAGAGCUUCCUAUGAAAUGUGAAACAAUGUAUAUAUAAAAAAAAAGUCAAAUAAGCUGCUUCCUGCCAGGGCUGGGCAUUUAAAGACAGAGAUAUCAAAUAUGGGGGCGCCGGGUCAUAAAGGGGGCAUAUUGUGUUAUCAAAAAGCAUGCCAAAAAGAGCAUGUCAGGACAGUGUGCGUUCAGAGAAGUCCAGAUGCGGACCCAACUGAAAAGCUCUCACAUGGAGAAAUCCCCUGCAAUUGUUUAGUAUUUUCACAAACACAUUUUCUGUUGUUAAUGAAAGGAUUAGAGCAAUGCUCUAAUACUAUCAAAUGAGCAAUACAACGUGUCUGCCCCUGUUGGACCCCCUGCAUUAGCAUGCAUCGCCAGUGAGAGAGAUCUCUCCUCUGCCCACCAGCCGUAGAGCAGUACAGUACCCUCUUUGGGCUAGCACUUGUGUAUUGUCAGCCCUAGGCCGGGGAGAUUUUUCCACCCUAUUUCUCACUAAAUCUCCCAAUUAUUGUAACCAUAAAAAAGCACAGGAACCUGCCAUUUGUUACCGUGUCAGUGCAUACAAUCCUGUACAGUUUUCAUUUUAUUAAUCAAAGCCAACAUUUACUUCUUCAAUCAACAUACAAGCCAUCAAUAAACACUAAUUACAAUAACCCAGAGACAGACAGGCAAACAGAAAUGUCUCCGCGGAAGAUAAA